AUGAAAAGCACGAGUUGCCAGUAUAUUGGAAAAAUCAAGAUUUAAACGGGUUAAAGAUUCUAGCGGUUCAAAAUUCCAGUAUCCUGCAGCAAUUUAAUAGUGUGUCGGGAGACUUGAUAUGGCUUCGCUUGAGUUGUUAAAGGAAUAUUCCUUCUACUCUUUUACUGAGAAGUUUAAGAGUGUUGGAACUUCAUGGCGUCAGCCCUCAAGAUUUCUGCAACUUGUUUGAUGAUCGUGAGCCUCCUUCGGAACUGCGUGCAUUGGAAGUCGCAUUGAAUGGAGAUUUUGGAAGCGCAAGCACGAGCACAGCUGGACCAUCCACAGCCGUGUUCAAAAAAUAUGGUUCAACUAUUCCAAUAGGUAUUGGACAGACGUUUCAGGCGUCGUUAGGAAAGCUGAAUUUCAGGAAUUUGGGUAAGAUAGUUUUACAAAAUAUUCCAGGCCUGAAGACACUCCCAAUAAAAUUUGAGGAAGUAACAAAUCUGACACAUGUAGAUCUAUCUGGCUGCAGCGAUUUGGAGGUUUUGCCAAAUUCUUAUACGGAAGAAUUAUUGCAAUUCCAAUAUUUAGCAUUGCGAGAUUGCAGGAAUCUUGUUCUCCAAGAUUUGGGAAAAAUAUCCACGCUUGAGUACCUCGACUUUCAGGGUUGCUCCAUGCUAAAGGAAAUGCCCAAACGAACUGAGGUUCAGAAGUCUUUAAAGCAUUUAAAUGUGGUCCAUACUGAGCUGAGGAAAUUGCCUGACAAUCUUGAACAGCUGGAAGAUCUGGAAGAACUACAUAUAGGGAGCUCAGGAUUGAGAGAGAUGCCAUCUUCUUUAUAUAAUUUGAGCAGGUUAACAGAUUUGACUCUGAUAGGGUGCACUAAUCUACUUCUUAUUGGCAACUCUAUUGAAAAGUUAGUACAUUUGGAAAGUUUCAGAAUAUAUAAAUGUGGAAUGAGAACGUUACCUGUUGCAUGGGUGAAUAUGAAAAUUUUGGAUGUUCAAGAUUGUCCACUUGAUAUGGAGCAGUUGCUGACAGGAGUGGAUCCAGGAAAUAUGUCUCUGGAUAGUUCUGAGGUGGAGGGAAGUAUUGGUCAGAGUACUCAUCCAAAUCGCCCAGGUUGUUUAACAGAUUUAAUCAUAAGACACAGCCGCAUUCUAGAGAUAGACAUUCUUCAGGCCGAAAGUCUUUUUCCAAAACUUGAAAUUCUUGAUCUGUCCGACAAUCGUCUUUUGACAGAGAUUGGAAGGUUACCGGCCAAUUUGACGAGCCUGAAACUGACGAACUGUUCAAAGCUGACAAGACUGGCAUGCCUCUCUAACCUGGCAAGACUCAAAGUUCUUGACAUAAACGGAUGUGGUGAACUAGAGACACUUAAUGUGGAAGGUCUGAAAUCAAUACAAGAUAUUAAAGCCAAUAGGUGUUGGCAACUGCGAAGCUUUCAGGGUCUGGAUAUAUUGGAACAGUUAUCCUGUUUUCAAAUCUCCUUUCGAGCAUGGUGGAUGUCGUUAUCAUCUCUCCGUAGCUAUCUGGUGAGUCGAACCCUUUUUUCCCUAUAAAAGAGUUCUAGAACAUUUAUUUUAACUGAAAAAAAUCCAAAACAUUUUUUUCCCUGAAAGAAUUCUAGAACAUUUUUUUCCCUUUAUUUCUUCGGUGUUUGAUAAAUCUGUUGAUAAAUUGUGU